GUCAUUUGAUUUACUCUCUGCACUCAAGACUGACUCCUCUGCCCACUGAAACAGGUGGGAGCCAUGGCUUUGGGACACAACCUGUCGGCAGACUACUACUACAACUAUGAGAACAUCACCGAGGACUACAUGGACGACUACAGCCAGUACGCAAUGGUCUGCGUGAAGGAGGAAGUCAGGAACUUCGCCAAAGUCUUCCUGCCUGCCUUCUACUCCAUAGCGUUCGUCGUCGGACUCGCGGGAAACUCCGUCGUCGUGGCCAUCUACGCCUUUUACAAGAAACAGAAAACCAAAACCGACGUGUACAUACUGAACCUGGCGGUGGCCGACCUGCUCCUCCUGUUCACGCUGCCGCUCUGGGCAGUGAACGCAGCUCACGGCUGGGUGCUAGGGAAAGUCAUGUGCAAGGUCACUUCGGCCCUGUACACCAUCAACUUCGUCUCUGGGAUGCAGUUUCUGGCUUGCAUCAGCGUCGACAGGUACUGGGCGGUCACCGGGGCCCAGAGCGCGGCGGGCGCCGGCAGGCGCUGCGGGCUCGCGUGCACCUGCGUGUGGGCGGCCGCCGUCCUGCUGAGCGUCCCGCAGCUCGUGUUCUACACCGUGAACCACAAGGCUCGGUGCAUCCCCAUCUUCCCACACUACCUGGGCACAGCCAUCAAGGCGUCCAUUCAGCUGCUGGAAAUCUGCCUCGGAUUCGUCGUGCCCUUCCUGAUCAUGGGGGUGUGCUACUCUCUCACCGCCAGGACCCUCGUCAGGACGCCCAACAUCAAAAAAGCGCGGCCCCUCAAGGUUCUGCUCGCAGUGGUCAUGGUUUUCAUCAUCACGCAGCUGCCCUACAACAUUGUCAAGUUCUGCCAGGCCAUCGACAUCAUCUACGCCCUGAUCACCGACUGCGAGCAGAGCAAGCGCAUGGGCUUCGCCAUCCAGGUCACCGAGAGCAUCGCCCUGUUCCACAGCUGCCUCAACCCCGUCCUGUAUGUUUUCAUGGGAGCCUCGUUUAAAAACUACAUCAUGAAAGUGGCCAAGAAAUACGGGUCCUGGAGAAGACAGAGGCAGAAGGUGGAGGAGAUUCCUUUCGAUUCUGAAGCUCCUACAGAACCCACCAGUACUUUUAGCAUUUAAAGGUCAGAUCGCCCCCAGAGCUGCGCUGUUCUGAAACUCAAAUCUCAAACAGCGGCUCUGGGGCUCUUAGCCAAGAAGGAACGGGGGUGGGAGUGGGGGGC